UGGUUACCUGGAUACUGAUGAGGCCUAGUACUUGUGGGUACCUGGAUACCAGUGAGGCCUAGUACCUGUGGUUACCUGGAUACCAGUGAGACCUAGUAACUGAAGUUACCUGGAUACAGGUGAGGCCUAGUACCUGGCGUUACCUCGAUACAGGUGAGGCCUAGUACCUGGAGUUACCUGGAUACAGGUGAGGCCUAGUACUUGUGGCUACUUGCAUACAGGUGAGGCAUAGUACCUGUGAUUACUUGGAUACUGAUGUGGCACAGUACCUGUAGUUACCUGGAUACCAGUGAGGCCUAGUACCUGUAGUUACCUGGAUACCAGUGAGGCCUAGUACCUGUGGUUAACUGGACACUGGGGAGGCCCAGUGCCUGGCAGUCCCUCCCUUUUAUAAUAAUGGGGGGUACAAAGAAUUGCCCUCUCCAGAACCCCCCUCAUUUCUCAUGUUUUAUGUAUGGGUUAAUACUAAACUUGGUUUGGUCCAGAUCCUAUUCUUGCUCCUCCUCUUUUUUCCCUCAGGUGGUCUUACCUACAGUUGCCGGGUAGAUCACUUUCAGAGGUGCAGUUGCUGGGCAGAUUUUCCAGAGUAGCUGUUGCUGAUUGGUUGUUUGGAGAAGAGCGGGAAAACAGCUGUAGAUAUAAACAUCGCUCUGUGGUACUGUGCCCACAGUCUGGUGGUGAUGCCUGAAGGAUGAAGAAGCCCUGUACCUGUAGUGUCUGUCUGAGGAGAGGGGGCCUGGAGCUGUAUGGGCUGUGUCUGCUUACACUGCUGUAGAGGAGAUGGCUGGUCCUGUCCUGUAGAGUCUCCUAUCAGUGCCAUCUCUGAGAUUCCUGCUUCUAAGAAGAGAUCCCGACAUGCUCGGUCCUCUCCAUGGAUGAAAGUCAGAUAAUGAGCCAAUCAUGAGAAGUUUGAACCACAUGAUCGGGCUAUCCAAUGAGUAACAGAAACGUCACUGAAGACCUCACGUGACUGACAAGUACCGGAAAUAGCGGAACUUCAAUACUAGGCAGGGGAAAGAGUUUACAGAGGGACAGGAAAUACGGAGCAUGGCGAAAAGUGGCGCACAUAUAAGAAUUGCCUAGGUGAUACCCCAAAAUGGGAUCAGGUGUUGAUGGUAGGACAGAUGGCGGAAUCCUAAUGUCUUUUUGUCUGGAACCAAGAGAUCCUGGGAACAGAGCUAACCGAGACGCAAGAGACGUCCAUUCGGAACCAACCCAGAUGUAUUCAGGAGGGACAAGAGAUUCUUCAGCCAUAUCUGAAGUACAUCACACCAGGUUCAACAUGACGUAUUGAGGUCGCAGACAAGAAGACAUGAUGCCAAAGCACUGCUCGAUGAGCUUAGGUGCUCCAGAUCCAGAAUAAUCCAUUCCUCAGCUUCCAGCAGUGAUCCAGAACUCUACUAGACUCCAGAAGACAAAGUGUUCUACACGAAAAACCAUAAAGCACCAAUGGCGCAUAAAGGGGAUCAGCCUCGAACGCUCCUUCUGGCAGUGGAGAAGAAUUUUACGGUCAAAAUUGGCUUACCACCCAUGAACCCAAGGGAUGACUUUAACGGCAGGGCGGCUGUUCUUGGAAAGAUUAAUAAUGUCAGCCAUAUAGCCUGUAGUCCAGAUGGUGAACUCUUCUGUAUCUGUGGUGGAGACCUGUACAGAGGUCCAAUGCCUUCCAAUAUAGAUGUCGAUUGGUUUUCGGUGGCUCAAAGAGUUGGAAAAGCUGUAUGGAACCGAAUUGUCCUUAUGUUCUUCCACCCCAAGGGAGAUUUCUACGUCACCACAAAUGAUGGAGAAUUUUAUAAGGGUCCCCCACCAGAUAAUGAGCAUGUACCUUGGAUCUAUGAUCAGGCGAAAAGAAUAGGACAUGGUAUUUGGAAGCAGUAUGAAGCCUUGUUCUUCAGUCCAGAAGGCCUUCUAUACGCUGUGGGCAAUGAUAAACUCUUCAAGGCUCCACCACCUACUGAGGAAAGUGUCCAAUGGGAUUCUUCAUGUACCUGUAUUGGAGGCAGUGACUGGAGCAGACUCACUCACUUUCUAUCCUUUAGUCCUGAUGGAAAACUCUGGGCUGUAGAUAAAUGGAACGGACACAUCUUCAGAGGAAACCCACCAACCCAAGAAGACCCAAACUAUCAGGCACAGGCUCAGGAUCUGGGAUCUAACUAUAAUGUAUAUAGGUUUCUGGCAUUUACAAAAGAUGCCACAAUCCAGAAAAUCAUGAAUUUUCAAUUCCUGGUCGACCAGGCACAAAUAUUGUCUCAAGCCCCCGAGGUGUUACAGGAGAAGAUCUACGACAACCGAAAGAGCAGUUCUACCCUGAGACACACCUUCACGUUCAACAAAACUAUAAAGGAGUCCAGCAGUUUUUCCCAUGAACACGGAUUCACUUUUCAAGCAGGAACUGAAAUGUCUUUUGAGGGAGGAAUCCCUGUUAUUGCCGAAAUAUCUGGGAAGGUUACAGUGAACAUGAGCACCACCCACAAAUGGAACUUCACAAAGACCAAUGAGACUCAGAUUUCCUUCUCAUCGAGCACAAACAUAGAGCUGGAGCCCCAUAAAGCUAUUCGGAUGGUGGCCUCAGUGAUAAAGGGGGAAAUAAAUGUCCCGUACAAGGCAAAAGCUCGGACCCUGUUUGGUGCUGAGGUUGAAGUUCAGGGGAUGUGGAGAGGGGUCUCACAUUACCACCUGAUCGUUACCCAAGAGGAUUAUAAUAAGUAGGUCACAUGACCCAGGAGGAAUCCACAAUUUCACUUAAAGAAAAUUAGUUCUGAUCAGUUGCUGCUGCUUCACGUGUCUGAAGGAUUUCCAAUAAACCUUAAA